UUGUCGUUGCACAACUCGAUUUUUCUUCGUUGAGCCCAUGAUAGCGACAAGCUCUGCCGUCUGGGUCACUUUGUCGUGGCGCGUCACGGGUGAAAAGUAAAUUAGUUCGGACAUCGACUCGACCAUGCUGCAAGCGACGCUGGCUUUGGUGUUUCUAUUGAUUUUUCUAAUUUUCUGGGUAAUAAGAAGAACCUAUAGUUUUUGGAAUGGAAAAGGAAUUCCAUAUCUGUCUUUUACCGACUACGUGAAGUUGGUAUACGAUAAUUUCACAAAGCCCAUGCAUGAGGUGGCCCUCAAAAACUAUCGCCGACGUGGUCGUCUUUAUGGCUCCUACGAAGGGUUUGUGCCCACUCUCGUAGUCGGGGAUCCACUGCUCCUGCGAGACAUCUACGUGAAGGAUUUCAAAUCCUUCUCGGACAGAAUUGCAUCCAAUGCCACGGGAAACCCCUUGUGGGACAAGAUGAUGUUAAACUCCCCGGAAGAAGAGUGGAAAGCUACAAGAACUAUGAUGUCACCUGCAUUUACAACGAGCCGAUUGAAAGCAAUGAUUCCAAAAAUUAUCGCUACGUCCGACGAAUUCUGCAAACGACUGGUGCUGGAAGGAGAAAAGAAAGGUGCUCUUGAAGUUUCCGAGAUGUUCGAGUCAUGCGCCAUGGAUACAACGGCAGCCCUGGUCUACUCUCUAGACUUGAACACCCACGAAAAUCUCGACCAUCCAUUGGUCAAAUGCUGCAAGGGAUUUUUCGGAAACCUGGGUGGAUGGAAAAUGAUCUUGUUGUUCACCAUGUCAAGAGUCUUCAAACUACUUCCGUUGGAGUUUCCCAGCAAGAAGGGCACCGAAUACGUCAAAGAAUUCACGAAACAUAUGGCGCAUCAGCGCUGCGGUUCGAAAGAGAGAUUUGAGGACGUCCUUGAACUCUGCCUCAAUGCUGUGAUGAGCGGACGAAGCCCCGACAACUUCAAACUAUCCGAAUCAGAAAUAGAAGACAUCGCAGCGCAAUGCAUGCUCUUCUUCAUCGCCGGCAGUGACACCGUCACGCUAACGUUGACUUGGACGGCCUACUCCCUCGCCUUACAUACGGAGUGUCAAGAAAAGAAUGGCGUCACCUACGAAUCCCUCAAGGACAUGCCAUAUCUGGAAGCCGUCAUCAACGAGACUUUGCGCUUGUACCCACCUGACUCACUGCUAAUGAGAAGAUGCACCCAGGAGACUUCAGUGGCUGGUAUAAAAAUUCACCCCGGAAUGGCCAUUGAAAUUCAGAUUCACGGCAUGCAUCGCGACCCGGAAUUCUUUCCCGAACCCGAUUGCUUCAAGCCAGAAAGAUUCCUGCCGGAAAACAAGGAGGCUCUUGUCCCGUACACGUACCAAGCUUUCGGUGUCGGGCCCCGAAACUGCGUCGGACAGAGGAUGGGAAUGCUACAAACCAAGGCGACGCUUGCUUGUCUUCUCCAAAAGAUCAAAUUUCAGAGGUGCAGUGAAACCCAGGUGCCCUUGAAGUUGCGAACAAGAUCUUUGAUUCUGCAACCCACUGAGCCAGUGAAACUGAGAUGUGUUCCUCGCGUAUGAUGACUGCGAAAUGUGAAAGGUAAAAACAAGAAAGCAGGAAGGAAUGUUUUGGCUUUAAUGUGUCGUGGAAUAGGCCAUCGAAUAUGGUGCGCGAAGAGCUUAAAGUUGUGUCAUCCUUCAUUGUUGUGCGAGUUGAUUCCCGGAAAUAAAGGUAGAUAUAUGUUAGCUAUAAAAAUUCAACGUUUGGGAAAUGUUGCACGAAUUUAUCAGUAUUGGAGAGGAAUAAACUUUUGGCGCCGUGAUACCUUAGCGUAUUGUUUGAACAACAAAAAUAAAAUGACUGCCUGAUGGCCAACGAAA